GUAGGUGUAAGUGUGACAUUCUUCAGUUGUGUUAGAAUAUCUACUGAUCAAUCUGUAGAUGACCUAUUCUGUGAUAAUGAUGACAAACCAAAUCUAUCAUAUCAUGUAUGCAGUAGACAUGCAUGUCCACCACGAUGGGUGGCAGGCGAAUGGGGUUCUUGUUCUCUUACUUGUGGUGAAGGAGUUCAACAGAGACAAGUCAAAUGUUGGCAGAUUUUAGCUCCUGGGUUUGAUAGUAGUGUUCAUGAUUUUUUAUGCCCAAACGAUACCAAACCCGAACAAGUGAGGAAAUGCAAAGCUAUUUUACCCUGUGGACCUGUGUGGGAAAUGUCCGAAUGGGGCAAGUGUUCAGUAGAUUGUGGAUAUGGUUGGCAAGUACGCAAUGUUAGAUGUAAUAGUCAUAAUGAAGCAGAUUGUACGUCACCUCAACCAAUAGAAAAACAAGCCUGUAUACAGAAACCAUGCUUAAAUUACUGGUACACUGCUACAUGGUCUGAAUGUUCGGGAUCCUGUGGUGUCAAACAUCGUAAAAUAUUCUGUCGUAAUAAAUCUGGCCAUGUGAUAAAUGAAGGUCUGUGUGACAUUAACAAUAAACCUCUAUCUGUCAAUCUGUGUGGCAUGGGUAGAUGUAAACAUGUCUGGAUACCACAAGAAUGGAGAAGGUGUCCAGUAGAAUGUGGGGAUGGUAACUCGACCAGAAAGAUUAUAUGUGGUUCAGUUACAAAUGGUAAUUUUAAAGAAGAACCAGAUACUUAUUGUCACCACAUACCUAGACCUCCAGAUAAAACCAGCUGUUCGGCUAAUCCUUGUGGUCCACUAUGGUAUACAACGGAAUGGGGAGAGUGUUCUAAACCGUGUGGUGAUAAUGCUAAGAAGAUGAGAGAAGUCAAAUGUUACCAUAAAAACCAGAUAUCUGAGAAUUGUUUUACAGAAUCUCAACCUGAAGAUACAGAGAUUUGUGUUUUACCACCUUAUAAUGUAUGUAUUGAUGAUAGGAGAGCUGGGUGUGAUUUUCUAAUAAAGCCCAGUAUAUGUGAAAGGCUAUAUUACCGUCAAGUGUGUUGUAAGACCUGUCACAGGUAUGGUUAUUAA